AAACUUAUUUCGAUCUUGAUCACACUUUUGAUCUACUCUUUAUUACUCUGUGAAUCGAAACAAACUCAAGAUGCGGAAUCAAACGUGUUCAUGAACAUUGAUGAUAACAUGUUACCUCUCAUUAUUUCAUCACACAUGUCCGAUAAUACCGAUAGCAAGUACACGAUUUCUACUAAACAUAAACAUCCAAAACGUCCAAAACAUUCGAAACGAGCUUAUGUACACUUUACAAAUCCACCAGAAUUGACGACAGGUGUAAUGAUAUUUUGGGAAACUAGAGAGAAAACAACAUUAAUCUUUGGUCAAUUUGAAAAUGGUUUUGAUGAAGGGCAAGAAAAAGAUUAUUCGUUUAAAGUGUAUAAAGGUAGUAAUGAAAUCGUGGACUUAAAGCCUGAUAAUGAAAGUUUAGAUCAACUUUUCAAAAUCAGACCAAAUGGUUCCACGGAUCCUUUCUUAUUCAGCGUAAACACAACUUUAAUUUCUGGUGAUAAUGAUAUCGUCAACGGGGAAAUUGUUAUAAGUAAACCCGAUGCUUUAAUUGGAAAAAAUCGAGUUUUUACUUUGCAUUGUUAG